UUGCAGCUUAAGUAUGAGGAGUUAAAGACCUCCAUGGUUGCCCUCACCAAGUCCUUGGUGUAUAGCCUUCUGGAGAAGAUUCGUCACCUGGCUUCCCGCCCUGUUCUGGAAUUCAAUAGGUUUUGGGCCCUAGACCUCUUGGAUCCUUUAACAAAUGUGGCUCAAGACACAAAGCACGAGAAAGCAGGUUAUUUUCGCCUUGCGUUCAAGACUCUAUGUGGGAAAGCUGAUGAGCCCAACAACCAGUUUCAUAAUUUUCUCCUUCCCUUGCUUGGUGAUAAGGACCAGGAGAAGGUGUUAGAAGUGGUGGCGAAGGUUGAGAAGAAUAAUCAUAAAAAGCCAGUGAGGCAAAGUUCCAGACCUGGAAGAAAAGCCAUGCCAGCUUCUUAUAUGGGGGUUCGUUGCUGCUAUUGUAAUCCCCCUGGGCAUAUUUUCAGAUAA